CUUGAUACUGCUGUUUCGUGCACUUACUGCUAGAUACCCCUGGAGCGUUGAAGCAUGGUUGCCGCUUUCAUCUCGUAAUCUGUAAUAUCGAAGUCGACUCCACAUUGUUCAAGGCAAGAAGCCGCAAUUCGAACAUACACGGUCGUCACUACCUUGAGCGCGCCCAUCGCGGGCAACAACAAGAGCCAUGGCGAUUCUUAGGCAGACCUGGAUCCUCACGAAGAAGACGCUCCUUAUCGUGGCAUGGCGGCAAUGGUUCUUCACGAGCAUGUUCUUCAUCACAUACGCGAAGAAUUUCUUCAUUCCACCCUCCGAAUUCGGCAUUGGCAACGCAACACCCAUCCGCUCCUUCCCCAACGCACUCGCCGCCGCAACAGGCGGGCGCGACAAGGUCGUCUUCGUAAACAACGGCUAUACCGGCGGUGAUAUUGAGAAUGUCAUCGGGCAAGUCUCGAACCAGGUACGUGACGCAGGUCUCCAGGCCAUUACAGUCGAGCGAGAGGUGGAACUCCUGACAACAUGUGCUGGAUCACUGCGAGGCGCGAGUACAUGUUUCGGCGCGGCGACGUUCCACUCCAGUCCCAAUGAAGGAGGCGGUCCGGCGUGGAACUACACGCUGAGAGCCGAUGGUGUGUUGGGGUCGCAAAUCUACGUCGACCAAGAAGACAACGAUGUCCAGAUCUACAUUCUGCCUUUCCAGCGCGCCAUCGACGAGACGAUUGCAAGCCUGAACACUACAGCUGGUGCAAUUCCUGCCAUCGAUGAAUUUCCGUAUACCGAGCGCACGCAAGAAGAGAGGGAUGAGCGCAUCAGAGUACUGUAUAUGGGCGCGCUGAUCAACAUUAUGGGCGCUGCGCUGUACAUCGGUGUCUGUGGUGUGACAUACCAGCUCACCGGACAAAUGGCCGAAGAGCGAGAGCGUGGCAUUUCGCAGCUCGUGGAAGCUAUGUCUCCAGCAAAGAAGGCGUGGCACACGCAAUUCGCUCGUCUUCUGGCCAACCACAUUGCUUUCGACAUCAUCUACUUUCCUGGCUGGGUCAUCAUGGGUUUGAUUGUAUGGGCUCUCGCCUUCAAGUCGUCGAACGCGGGGAUUCUGGUCAUCUUCCAUAUACUGGCUGGUUUGUCGCUGACGAGUUUCUCCAUUUUUGGCGCUGCGUUCUUCCGCAAGGCGCAGCUUUCGGGUAUCACGAUUGUUAUUAUUCUGAUUCUGCUUGCGAUUAUUGCGCAGGUUGCCGGUCCGUUCAGUACCUCAGCCGUCUACGUUCUCAGUCUGAUCUUUCCGUCUAUCAACUAUGUCUUCUUCAUCGUCUGGGUCGCACGAUUCGAGAGGGAACUCACUGGCGCAAAUCUCGGACAGGGCGCGCCCGUGUAUGAGGACCAUGUCUGGACGACUCCUGGAAUUGUCUUCUGGGUGUUCCUGGUCAUACAGACGCUCGUGUACCCCUUCCUCGGCGCGCUUGUAGAGCGUUGGUUGUACGGUACCGUUUCGGCUGACCGCAAGACCACGACCAAUUCACCUGAUCACAACAUCAUUCUGAGGAAUUUCUCGAAGCACUGGACACCAAGUUGGUUCCGCAGGAAUGUCUUGGCUAAGAUCGGUGUCAAGCCUCCGGAGACCGUCAUUGCUGUUGACGACUUCAGCAUCAAAGCGCGCAAGGGGCAGAUUAUGGUCCUGCUAGGUGCCAAUGGAAGUGGCAAGUCUACGACCUUGGACGCUAUCGCUGGUCUGAACACUAUCACCAGCGGCUCUAUCGAGAUUGACGGCACGGGAGGCUUGGGUCUGUGUCCGCAGAAGAACGUCAUGUGGGACGAGUUGAACGUUUAUGAACACGUUCGGAUCUUCAAUCAACUCAAGUCGACCGGAAAUUUCGAUACCAAGGAUACCAUCGAGGACCUCAUCCGCGCAUGCGAUCUGGGACACAAGAUCAAGGCUCGAUCAAGCACGCUUUCAGGCGGGCAAAAGAGAAAGCUGCAGCUCGCUAUGAUGUUCACUGGUGGCAGUAAGGUGUGCUGCGUUGACGAAGUCUCUUCUGGUCUCGACCCUCUUUCGCGAAGGAAGAUUUGGGAGAUUCUGCUUGCUGAACGUGGCGACCGCACGUUCCUUCUUACAACCCAUUUCCUCGAUGAAGCAGAUGUGCUUGCCGACUACAUCGCCAUCCUUUCGCGAGGUGUGCUGAAAACAAAGGGUACAUCUGUGCAAUUGAAGCACGAGGUAGGUGCUGGUUACCACGUUACGUACCCGCGAGAUGCGCAUGUAGCUCCUCCAGCAGAUGCGACGAAGAAGCCCGCCCCGUCAGCAGACAUGGUCCAGUACUGGUUUCCUGAUGCUCUUCCUGCAACUCACUUUGUUGAUGUCCUGAGAUCCAAGGGUGUCCAGAAUUACGAUAUUGUGGGACCGACGCUGGAAGAUGUAUUCCUUGCGAUGGCUGAGGAAGUCAAAGAGCACAAUCUUAUGGACGCCAACGAGCAACAAGCCGUACUCGCUACAAACAAAGACGCCUCGGACCAAGUCUCUGACACCGACAAAGGGCUUGAGAUGGGCAAGGGCCGAGGCACGUCAAUGGGCAAGCAAACUCUGAUUCUGAUGCAGAAGCGUUGGACCAUCCUUCGACGCAACUUCUGGCCAUACGUGUUCGCUCUGCUACUGCCUAUUAUCGCUGCUGGACUGGUCACACUGUUCCUCAAGAACUACGUGGCGGUUGGCUGCAAUCCUGGAGAGAAUGCCAACGAUCCUGAGGUGUUCACGCUUGCAAGUACCGAUGCCAUUCCGCUUAUCCCCAUCGGCCCUACAAGCCUUGUUGGCGAUGCCAUCUCGACUAUUGUUCAGCGUUCUGGCAUCAACAACGAUAGUUUCUACAUUGUCGAUACACUCGACGAGUUCAAUGACUUUGUGCAGACCCGCUUCCGCAACAUUACGCCUGGCGGCUUCUUCAUCCGCGAAAACGAGCCUACCAUAAUGGCAUACCUGGGAAGUGGAAGUGUGGUCGGCGGUCUCAUCACGCUCAAUACACUUGACAACGUGCUCUCGGAUGUCCCCAUCUCGACACAAUAUCAGCAGUUUGCUGUCCCGUUCUCGCCAAGUAUGGGUGAUACCUUACAGCUCACGCUCUACUUCGGCUUGGCGAUGUGCGUCUUCCCAGCAUUGUUCGCGCUGUACCCAACACAAGAGCGACUAAGGAAGGUGCGAGCGCUCCACUACAGUAACGGUAUCCGAGCUGUACCGCUGUGGUUGGCAUACACCGCGUUCGACUUCAUCUUCGUUCUGAUCAUCGCUGGUGUGACGACGGCGAUCUUUGUCGGGGCCUCUGAUGCGUUCUACGGCCCAGGCUACAUGUUCGUUGUUUUCGCUCUAUACGGUCUGACUGCCAUUCUUUUCUCGUACCUCAUCUCAAUUGUUGUGACAUCGCAGCUUGCAGCUUUUGCCUUCGCCGCUGGAGGUAUGGUCUCACUGUACCUCAUCUACUUCAUUGGGUACAUGGCUAUACUCACGUACGCCCCUGCGUACAAAAUCGACGACUGGAUCGACAUAUUCCACUGGACAGUUUCCCUCAUCGCCCCAUCCGGCAGUUUGUUGAGGACGCAGCUGCUCUCGCUCAACUCGUUCAGUGUCCUCUGCGACGGCAACCAGAUUCCAAGCUACCCCGGCAAGCUCACAGUAUAUGGAGGUCCGAUCCUGUACCUCACUGUCCAAGCUAUUCUCCUCUUCAUUACCCUCGUCUGGUGGGACUCCGGCUACAGGCCACCCUUCUUCAACCGCGCGAGCAGCCGUCAAAAGCACACAGAAGAGAACCUCGAGACAAUCCCACCCGCCGUCCUCGCCGAAACCACCCGCACCGAACAAUCCAAGGACAGUUUGCGUGUACUCCAUCUUCAAAAGACAUUCGGCUCCAACCACGCUGUCAACGAUAUCAGCUUCGGCAUCCCGCAAGGCCAAGUCUUCGGCCUGCUCGGUCCCAACGGCGCAGGAAAGUCUUCGACCAUCUCUCUCAUCCGCGGCGACAUCCACCCGACCACGCACAUCAACGGCGGCGGCGACGUACUCAUCGAAGACGUAUCUAUCAUCUCCAAGCGCGCUGCUGCUCGAGGCCAUCUGGGCGUGUGUCCGCAAUUCGAUGCAAUGGAUACUAUGACUGUGACGGAGCAUUUGUAUUUCUACGCCCGCGCCCGCGGUGUGCCGGAUCCUCAGUCAUCCGUCAAUGCGAUUCUGCAGGCUACCGGUCUCGUGCGUUUCCAGACGCGUCUUGCGAGCAAGCUCAGUGGUGGUAAUAAGAGGAAGCUGUCCCUUGGCAUCGCACUCAUGGGUAACCCAUCCGUUCUACUUCUUGACGAACCGAGUUCCGGUAUGGAUGCUGCGGCUAAGCGUGUCAUGUGGCGCACGCUCCUUGGUGUUGCGGCGCCCGGACGCGCGUUGUUGAUUACAACGCAUUCCAUGGAGGAAGCGGAUAAGCUGGCCACGAGAGUUGGUAUCAUGAAGAGGAAGAUGCUGGCUCUCGGCACUGUUGGGCAGCUUGGUGAACAGUAUGGUGACGCUUGGGUCGUUCAACUAGUCCUGAAGAGCGCACCUGAGACAACGGAGGAGGAGAUGGAGGCGUGUAAAGAGUGGGUUAGGAGAAAGAUUCCUGGUGUGCAGAUGGAUAAGUGGGGUUCGAGAGGCGGCGGACACGGACAACUCCGCUUCAAGGUGCUGAAGGCUGCGAAGGACGACGCAAACGUCAUGCACGAGGAGGUCUCACGCGCUCCUUCGAAUCAGAACGAUAACAUCGAAAAAGUCAAUGUCGAUGCCAAUGUUGAGUUGGUGCGCACACAAUCCUCGGAUCUUGGAGGUAUUCCGGGACUUAUUCAGCUCCUUGAGUCUAACAGGAAUAACCUGGGUCUGGAGUACUACUCUGUCUCUCCAACCACGCUUGACGAAGUUUUCUUGCGUGUUGUGGGCGAGGAGGAAGAAGAGAGUGGGAAGAAGGAGCGGCAUUUUGGCGGGUUCAGGAAUGCUUUUAAGUGGCCUUGUUUUUAGGUGGAGAAGGAGGAGCGUUGUAG